AUGGAUGUAAAAAAUAUUAUCGAGGAGGUUCAGGCCAUUAAGGUUUAUCCUCAUAUGAUGUUCAACGCUUCCAAGCUGAAAAUCCUGAGUGACUAUGUCGAGAUCGCCUUUGGAAACAACGAACACUUUGACAACGAAGUGAUGCUGACGCUACUGAGGCUGUUCUGUCUGUACCCACACUGCUUUGAUAAAGUUGUAAUAAAAAAAAUCCUCGUAUGUGUCCUAUACAACAUAAACGACAUAGACAUGAAUAUCUACCUCAGUCUCAUUAACCCCAACCUUUAUGACGACCACAUCAAAAGCAUCGUCUAUCUGUACGAUUUAAUUAAAGAGUGCCAGUUCAUUAAAAUGUGGAGUUGCAUCAAGAACAACCAAUGGAUGGACAACCGCACCUGUGACUACUCCUUCUUUACAAAUCACGAAACUUUUAUCACCAACAUUAGGAAGUACAUAAUAAACUGUAUUACUCUGAGCUUUGAAAAUAUUUCUCUUGAAAAUAUGGCCGCUUAUUUGAAUUUCCAAGAUAUGAACGAACUGGAGGUUUUUUUAAAUGAGAACAAAUGGACUGUUAAAAAGGCGAUGCAUAAAGAUGAAGAGGUGAAAAUAUGUUCCAAUGGAAACAUAGAAACGAUGCAACAGACCAAGAAAACCAUCAAUACGUAUUUUAACGAGGACAAUAUAUCAUCUUACAUUAACAAACUCAACAAUUGA